ACAAAGUCGUCCAAUGACAACUCUAUGUUUUAUGAUAUUUCAUGAUUCAUCAACCACACUUCUACAUUGUUAUGUGGAUGACAACGUAAGUAUAGACGUCAAAAAUUGAAGAAAAAAAUGACUCUGUCAAAAAACGUUCUUUCAACCUAUAUAAACGAAUUACAAACAUAUAUAGUUUGUAUAAUUUUGUACUGAUCUUUGCAGGUAACAAAGUGUAUAUUUAGAUUCAAGCAAAACAAAAAUGUAAAUAAGGUAAACUUUUAUGAAUGGUAUGCCAAAAAAAUUGAAUAUGGAUUCUGAUCUGUUAACGAAAAUUUUAAUAGUAGUAAGUUCCCUCAGUGCAGUAUAUGGAUGUUCAUGUCUCAAAGGCCAUCACCAGGAAGAUUUCUGUAGGGCUGCCUAUGUUAUACGUGGCGAUGUGAUAGACUCUAAUGCGCCAGUAAAGGCCCUUCCCGGCAAUCAACAGAGGAGUAUUAUAUAUACUGUCAAAGUAAAAAAAGUGUUCAAGGACAAUACACAUAGUAUUUCGGAAGGAAAUGUUAUUAACAUAGAAACCAGCAUACCGUGUAGUAUUACUUUAGACAAGAACGUGGAUUAUCUGCUCGGUGGUCCAGGAGAUGAGAAUGGAUUAGGAAUAGGCACAUGUGACAUAGCAACCACAUGGGAAACCCUCCCUAAAUGCCAGAUGAACUCGCUAUUAAAUAAAUUAUAUAAUUGUGGUUGCGAGAUUACUACAUGUACAGAAAACCAAAUAUGCAAGGCGUCUAUUCACUCGUGUAAGAUGGCGUUCCAUGUAGAGGCCGUGCAGAAUGCUUACUGUGCUCGAAGUCUUUUUAGAAGGCGGUGUCAUUGGAAAACGUGUCCGUCUGCUCAGAAUAUUUUUAACAGUUACAUCACUAACGUCUUCAGAGGUUGAAAUACAAGAGAAUAAUUGAUGACAUUAUUAGUUAGUCCCACUAUUUAUACUAGUUUUACAAACUUUGAUUGUUAAUUAUUUAUAGAAUAAUUUAUGAUUUUUUUUAAUUCUGUGUUUUAUGACCAGAACAUAAAUAAAUAGAUAGAAACCAU